UAUACACCCUAGACUUCCGGCCUAGGUAGUAGUCUGCGAUAUUAACAAGGUAGUUCCGAAAUUUUAUGUUAAUUGACAUAUUGUGGGGUCAGCUGGCUUGCCCCGCAACUGUCAGUGGAUUAUGCCCCCAACCACCACUUUUGCGUUUCAGUUUAGUACAAAAGGAUAGUCGGACAGUGAAACGCAGGUGCACAAUGUAUUCAGAGUGGAGGUCUCUGCUGUUUGUGAUUCAGAAUGAUCAGGGUCAUAUGAGUGUACUUCACAGUUAUCCAGAGAAUGUUGGUCGGGAAGUCGCAAACGCAGUGGUGCGUCCCCUGGUCUCUACUUAUGGAGGUGAAAGCAUACUGAAAACGGACAAAGAGGUAAAAUGGACAAUGGAGGUGCUUUGCUAUGGGCUGAAGCUGCCUUUGGAAGGAGAAACUGUGAAACUUUGUGUGGAUGUCUAUACAGACUGGAUUAUGGCUCUUGUAUCUCCUAAAGAUUCCAUUCCACAGCCAAUCAUCAGGGAACCAAACCUGUAUGUUCAGAGUAUUCUGAAACACCUUCAGAAUCUUUUUGAGCCCAGACCAGAUAACAGCCAUAAUCAGAUUCGACUGUGUUUGCAAGUGCUAAUGGCUGUUCAAAAACUAGCUCGGGAAUCUGUGAUCAUGACAAGGGAGACAUGGGAGGUUCUUCUACUGUUUUUGCUACAAAUUAACGAUGCUCUCUUAGCUCCUCCAACAGCAGCAGGAAGCAUUGCAGAAAAUUUGGCAGAAAAGCUCAUUGGAGUGCUUUUUGAAGUGUGGUUCCUGUGUUGUACCCGAUGCUUUCCAUCACCUCCAUAUUGGAAGACUGCCAGAGAGAUGGUGGGGAACUGGAGACAUCACCCUGCAGUGGUGGAGCAGUGGAGUAGGAUGAUUUGUGCUCUCACUUCCAGGUUACUUCGUUUUACAUAUGGCCCUUCUUUUCCUCCCUUUAAAGUUCCUGAUGAAGAUGCCAGCCUAAUUCCAGCUGAAAUGAGUAAUGACUGUGUAGCACAGACUUGGUUCCGUUUCUUACAUAUGUUGAGCAAUCCUGUGGAUUUGAGUAAUCCAGCUAUUAUAAGUUCAACUCCCAAGUUUCAGGAACAGCUUCUGAAUGUCAGUGGGAUGACCCAAGAGGUGACACAUCACCCAUGCCUCAAACAGCUUCCUCAAAUAUUCUUUCGUGCCAUGCGCGGGAUUAGCUGUCUGGUGGAUGCCUUUCUUGGCAUCUCCCGACCUAGGUCAGACAGUGCUCCACCCACUCCAGUGAACAGGCUGAGUAUGCCUCAAACAAGCACUUCCAUCAAUACCACUCCACCUCAUACUCGAAGGCAUCGCACAGUCACUGUGAAUAAAACUACAAUGAAAACCACCACAACUGGAGCUACACAUCCCUCCAAAGUUCAGUGCCAACCUUCCAGUACAUCUCCCCUAUCUAGUCCCAACCAGACCAGCUGUGAGCCACGACCAUUACCUGCCCCUGCCAGACCAAAGGUGAAUAGCAUUCUAAAUCUGUUUGGUACUUGGCUGUUCGAUGCGGCAUUGGUGUACUGCAAGCUCCACAAUGGAAUAAACAGGGACAGCAGCAUGUCUGCCCUAACAACCCAGGCUGGUGUGGAGUUUCGUCGAAAGGGAUCACAGCUUUCCAAUGAAGUAGCUUCCAAUCCUCUGUUUGAUACAAAUGAGUUUCCUGACAAUUAUGAAGCAGGAAGAGCGGAGGCUUGUGGGACACUUUGUAGGAUAUUUUGCAGUAAGAAGACUGGUGAGGAAAUCCUACCUGUCUAUCUGUCAAGAUUUUACAUGGUGCUUGUUCAAGGUCUACAGAUAAAAGAUUUCAUGUGCCGCCCAGUUCUGGCUAGUAUAAUCUUGAACUCCUCUGCAUUGUUUUGCUCGGAUUUGAAAGGGAUUGAUGUGGUGGUACCUUACUUCAUUUCUGCUCUAGAGAUGAUUUUACCAGACAGAGAACUAUCAAAAUUUAAAACGUUUGUGAAUCCAACAGAGUUGAGGAGGUCCUCCAUUUCUAUAUUGUUGGCUUUGCUACCUCUCCCUCAUCAUUUUGGUGCAGUUAAAUCUGAGGUCCUUUUGGAAGGGAAGUUUUCUAAUGAAGAGAGCUUGGCCAAUGAAAAAUUUGUCACAUUUCUCUCUCUGAAGCUGAGACUUGUUAACAUAUUAAUAGGAGCUCUACAAACUGAAACAGACCCAAACAACACACAAAUGAUACUAGGUGCAAUGCUAAACAUUGUUGAGGAUUCUGCUCUCUUGGAAGUUGUAUAUGCUCAAACAGAAAUGCAUGGUGCAGGUGAUAGUUCUAACGUAUUGCUUAAGAGUCAUAGUCGUAACAGCAGUGGUGUCAGCACAGCAAGUGGAGGAAGUGUGGAACCUACCACUCCUGACAGUGAAAGACCAGCCCAGGCAUUGCUUCGAGACUAUGCUCUUCAUACAGAUACGGCACUGGGACUGCUAGUUCGCAGCAUCCUUCUGGUGACGCAGAGACUCAAUUCACAAUGGAGACAAGACAUGAGCAUUUCCCUAGCAGCACUGGAGUUACUUUCUGGACUAGCUAAGGUGAAAGUUCCCAUUGAGUCAGUUGAUCGGAAGCGAGCGGUUAGCUCUGUGUGUUCAUAUAUCGUGCACCAGUGCAGUAGACCUGCUCCAUUACAUUCACGAGAUCUCCAUUCUAUGAUUGUUGCAGCAUUCCAAUGCCUGUGUGUUUGGCUUACGGAACACCCUAAUAUGCUAAACGAAAAGGAUUGUUUAAUUGAGGUGCUAGAGAUUGUGGAGCUUGGUAUCUCAGGAAGUAAAUCAAAAGUGAGUGAUCAAGAAGUACGGUAUAAAGGUGAUAAGGAGCAUAAUCCAGCUUCCAUGAGAGUGAAGGAUGCUGCAGAAGCUACUCUUACAUGUAUUAUGCAGGUGCUUGGAGCUUUUCCACCCCCUAGUGGUCCUGCUUCAACAUGUAGUCUGCUUAAUGAGGAGACUCUAAUCAAGUAUUCACACCUAACCACUACCAGUUGGAGUAACUUCCGCUACUUUGUCCUUGACAACAGCGUCAUCAUUGCUAUACUGGAACAGCCACUGGGAAACGAACAGAAUCCUUGCCCAUCAGCAACCAUCCUGAUUCGAGGAAUGUCUGGAAGACAUGCCUGGACCAUGCAACUUCACCACCAGCCUAGAGGGACCAGGGCAAAUCAGAAGGUGUUUGCUCCAGAAAACCGGCCAGUCCCCAAGGAUGAUGUUGGAGUCAAGUGUAAUGUUAAGCAUAGGCCAUUUCCAGAGGAAGUUGAUAAAAUUCCAUUUGUGAAGGCUGACCUGAGUAUUCCAGAUCUCCAUGAAAUUGUUGACAACCAGAUGGAAAUUCAACAUGAAAAGCUCCGAAGUGUUAUGUCUAAGCAGAUCAACUAUGAAAACAACUUAGAGCAGUUAAGUGAAGAUCAAUGGCUUUCCAAGACAUUUCCAGAUCCAGACACUGAGUGUAUGCCGCCACCUCCUGCACAAGAAUUCCAAACGGCACGCCUUUUUUUGUCUCACUUUGGAUUUCUUUCAUUGGAAGCACUUAAGGAACCAAGUAACAGUCGUUUGCCUCCCCAUCUGAUUGCACUUGACAGCAGUCUUCCAGGAUUUUUUGAAGACAUUGCAUACCUGGAUUUGCUUCCUUGUCGUCCUUUUGAUACUGUUUUUAUAUUCUACAUGAAGGCAGGCCAGAAAAGUAGUCAAGAGAUUCUGAAGAAUGUGGAGUCAUCUAGAAAUGUACAACCUCAAUUUAUGGAGUUUCUUUUGACUUUGGGUUGGUCAGUUGAAGUAGGUAGACACCCUGGCUGGACAGGUCAUGUCUCUUCAAGUUGGUCCAUUAAUUGUUGUAGUGACACUGAGGAGGAAGAACCAGAAGGGUCUGUACCUGAGGAUACAGGUGGUGCUGUCUUUAAUGGAGAAAAGAAGGUCCUUUAUUAUUCAGAUGCUUUGACGGAAAUUGCCUUUGUUGUGCCGUCAUCAACAGAAUCAUCUGCAGAUUCUUUUGAAAGCAGCUGUUCAGCAAUGGAGACAGAUUCACAAAUGGAUUUAAUGCCGCCCCUUCUAAAGCAGCCUUCUCUGACUCUAGAGUUAUUUCCUAACCAUACAGACAGCCUGAAUUCCUCACAGCGGCUAAGUCCUACUUCCAAAAUGAAGAAGACACCUUCAGGAAGGGCUGUACCUCCUCUUGGGCCAGAGACUAAAGUGCUAGUUGUAUGGGUUGAACGUUACGAUGAUAUAGAAAAUUUCCCUUUGGCUGAUCUGUUAAGUGAAACAAUCACUGGAGUGGAGACAACUUCCAACAGCAGUGGCUCUGUCAGAUCUUCAACAUCAGAAAAGGAAGUUGCAGUUAUUUUUAUCCAUCCUCUGAAGACUGGGCUUUUUAGAGUAAAACUACACGGAGUAACAGGAAAGUUCAGUAUGGUCAUCCCUCUCGUCGAUGGAAUGGUUGUGAGCAGGAGGGCUCUUGGUUUUCUAGUGAGACAGACUGUAAUAAAUGUUUGUCGAAGGAAGAGGCUGGAAAAUGACAUGUACAAUCCUCCACAUGUGCGGAGAAAACAGAAAAUAACAGACAUUGUUAAUAAAUACCGUAACAAACAGCUGGAACCUGAAUUCUACACCUCCCUUUUCCAAGAUGUGGGAAUGAACAACAUCAGCCCAUAAACUCAACUAAGAGUCCCAGCUCAGAUGUGUUUUUAAACAUAUUUUUGUUAUUUAUUAUCUGCUCUUGCUGGUCACAUGAAACAAAGGGAAUGAAUGCUAAUUUCAGACUGGAAUGUGAAACAUACUGGCUAUCUCAUUCUUUUCUUGCUUGUAGAAGCCACUAUGCUACUGCACUGCACGGCAGAUUCAGGGUUGUCAUUAGAGGUUUGUAAACACAUAUGCCUCUGUUGCCUCAUGAGAGAGGUAAAUAUAUCCAUACUGGUCCUAAAAUGGAAGGAGGGUUGUAUUUCUACACACAUGCUCGAGAUACAGAUACCUACACUCUGCUUUAGACUGCUGCCUGAGAACAAUGUGUUUUAGUGGAAAUGGAUAAAAAAGAACUGUAGCCCCUGCCACCAUCAUACAGAUUCCUCAGUUGUAGAUCACCAUCUCUUAGGUGAAUUUAGCUUUGUAAUGCUUCAGUGUUCUGAAGGUGAAAGCACUGCUAACAUCACUAAAGGCAUCUGUUGUGAAAUCAUACCAUCUGGCUUCUAGAUUACAUUUACUGUGACCAACUGACUGGCAGGGAGAUGUUGGGAUUCUAGCCUGUUUAGUUGAGGUUUUAACGAAAGGAAUGAAAAUGAGGCCUUUGCUGUUUAGAAUUGGCAGAGAGUUGUACUGUACACUUACUGUCUGUGACACGUAUGAAAAUUAUAUGAACAUUUAGUUUAUAUAUCUAUAUAUAUAUAUAUAAAGAAAUAUAUAUAAAUAUAUCUGUACAUAUAUGUAUAAUUUGGGGGGUUUCUUAGAAGCCAAUAGCUGAAUUGCCUCGCCUUUCUUUUUUCAGGGCUUGGCAAGUUUUAUUAUCACUGCAGUUAAUUAAUGUUAUUUACAUGUUAUUAUAUUUGCUUUUAAGUACAUAGCUACUUAAAAAUGAAGAGAAGAAACUUUAUUUCCUGAAAGUGAAAAAAAAGUUUAUAUUUAAGUUUUUUAGCAUGUAACUGAUUACAAAGACUGUAUUUAUGCAUCUGUGUACACCAAAGAAUAUUUGUUCUUCUAAAAGUGAUGCAAGAAAAACCUUUCUCUUGUAGUCACCUGUAGUGCACAGUUGUUCUGGCUAAUUACUGGAAGCCCAGACUCCUCUGAGAUUUGUAAGAAAUGUCAUUACCAGCUAUAAGACACUGGUUAACAAAACCAGCAACCUGUGUUUCAGUCCUUGUAGAGUUUUGCAAAUGUAUCUAAUGAAACUAGUUUGUCACUUUUUUUUUUUUUUUUUUAAUUGUUACACUCUCUUAAACAUUUGUCAAGUAAUGCUCUGUAAGGUAGAUUUUUUUGGAUCCAUCCAGAGAAUGCCUUUGCUUUUCCUUUAUCUUUAGUGUAUUUACGUUUGGGUGUCCCUAAGUUGAGUGUGGACCUCAAUCCCCAUAGUCAUCAAAAUAGUUCUGUUUCUCAACACGUCCAAAAUAUAGAUAUUAUCCAGCAUUGUUCUGCAUCAAACAAUGAAAUCAAGUGACCUGGAUAUAACACAUUUAGCUGUGAGGAAGGAGGCAGAUAUACAACUUCCCCAAAGUGCAUACUGCCAGAUAAAAAAAGUAUUUUAUCUCCCGCAUGUUGCUGUGGUAGUAAUGGUGGUUCUUACUUACAUGUCUCUGCCUUCUGGGAAGUGCAACCCAUAUCUAACUAACCACGAGCAUCCACUGCCAAGUUGCAGUGGCAAGUGAUGUAAAUUGUGGAUGAGGAACAUUUUAAAAUCAGUGGCCACUAAAACUAGCAUUUAAGUGACUGAUUUUUGUAAACUGUACUUGCAGGAGAAUGGUUACCAUUUCAUGAAACAUUUAGAUUUUUGUCUUUUGUCAGCAUUUUAAUUUGACUUGGAUUUUUUUAUUGUUUAUCGUGCAUGUGUUUUGAUUCAGGUGGUAUUCAGAAAUACUGAUUCAGAUGUUGGUAGUUAGUGUCCAAUUCUUUUCAUGUAGUUGCGCAGAUGGGACUGAAAUUAGGACUAGGAAAUAGCACAGAGCUGGUAACUAGUUUAAACCUGACAUUUUUUUUACUAGUCUUAAGUGUUCUUUUCACGUUUUUGCCUGAGUUGUGUUCGCAGUUUAGUAUCUGUGGUACCACAAAGUCUUAAUCACACUUAAUAAAUGGGAUAGAACAAUGUUAAUAUUAUGUUAUCAGGACUUUGUGUUACUAGCACUAAAAAGCAGUAGUGUGCUGAUAGAAGUAGUGCUUAUAGAAUUAUUUUGAAUAUUUCUGGAGAGAAUUUAAAUAAAGUUGUCAGAUUUCAACAGAAAAAAUGUUGAAUUGUUCACCAGUGCUACUUAAUCAGUUCCUUAACACCUUGUUUUUUUUCCAGCAAGAGCAUACACCAUGCAGUCCAGGUGUGUAACCUUGAACUUUGUCUUUUUUUUUCUUUAAACUGCUGUCAGGAAGCAGUUGUCAGAAUUUGUUCCAUUCAUCUUAUAAUUGAGUCCUGUCCCAGAGGUCGUCAGAAUUUGCUCCGAUACAUAUUCACAACUUACUCUUUUACACCUGUCCUGCAGUGUUUUGUUCAGGUCUAGGUUUUUUUUUGUGUAAUUAAAAAAAAGGGAGAGAAAGACAAACCACUUAACUGCUGAGCUGUUUUUCAUUUGUUGAUGAUUGCAUUGCUUCUGUCCUUGUUGUUUUAUUUUUCUUGCAUUGCAGGUCAGACGAGCAUCCUGAAGACUAUUUUAUUUUAUUUUACAUUUGUUUAUUGAGGUGGUACACUGAUCACAACUGAUCAUUUGCAGGUACUGGCUAAUGAAAUAAUUCACAAAGAAGAAAAAGAAAAGAGAAUCGACAGGCAGUAAGCUCCGCAUAUCAAAACAGAUGUUUGGUAUAUUUUUAUGCUAGUUAAAUAACGAGAAGUGCUUUCUUUCAGUUUUUUUUUAAGUCACCCUUUAAUCUUCACUGGGUGGUCCUGUUGCAGUAGCCCCAUUUUUACUUUGGCAGUUUUUUUACUGUAAAAUUAUGUCUUCCAUUGAGUCAUUCGCAUCUCCAUGCCUUCAUAUUAUGUUAAAAUGUUAUCCAUUUAUGAAUGGUAUUCAGGGAAAAAUGUAGGCAUCAAAUAAGCCUCAGUCAAUCUGUUUGUUAGGAACCGCUGAUUUUAUAUUUUCAUAUAUAAAAAGUAAGUCCCGUGAUGCUGCCAGUUUAUUUAAUUGCAGUGCUUCAUACCACAGAAUUUUGCAUGAAGUGUGAACUUUAUAGUGCAUCUGGACAAAAUCUGCAAAAAGAAUAAUGGAUUUUGGAAGAGGGAUUAGAUUUGCUGCCUUUUCGCUGAGGCUACUGUUAGGGAAGUAACGUUUCAGUGAUUUGUGACUAUGACAUGAGAAAUUUAGACUUGUUCUUUUCUUCUAGUACAAAUGUAACAGCAGAUCAGAUCUGCAGAGGACUUCGUACUGUGUCCAGGUAUAUAGCCAGCAUUUGUGACCAUGGUUCAAGUGGCCUUGGAUGGCUGUGAAAGAAAUAUGGUACCAUUUGUGAAUCAUUUAAUCUCAAAGAUGGAUUCAGUGCAUUUUGAAAUCUAGGUAGAAAAAGAAAAAAAAUCAGAAUGCCAGCAGUAGAAAAAAUGGUAAGCUUAAAAAAAGAGCAGUCUUUCCUCCAGCAGUUGUCAGCAAGUGUUCUUAAGACAGGUGUUUUAUAGAAGGUACACUCAGAGCAACACAGGGUGUAGCUUUUUACAUUUGCUGCACAUAGCACAUACUGUCUUUCACUUGCAAAGUUAAUCCAGUUAGAACCCAAACAGAUUAAAUUACAUUAGUAUUUAGGUGCAAAAUCCUGUAAAUUACAUACACAGGAGUAGCAGUUGUAUGUGACUUUGCAUGCCCAUAGUUGUCUGGAAGCUUAUGCAGAAUCAGCCAAGUAAAUUAGAAAUAGACUUUAAAUUAAUAAAAAAGCAGGGUUUUCUGAAAAUGCACCUGUUUGCUUACUGGGAAAGCUACCAAAUUACUUAUUUUUUUCAGAUCUGUCUGAUGUUCAUCGUGUUUCACUGUUGCAGUCAUUACA